AUGGAUUCAUCAGCAGCUUCCUCACAGGAGAAAAAAGUGGGAACCUCUACACCAGAGGCAGAGCUCAAUCAGCAUAAGGUGAGAGCGUUAUUUGCAAAAUUGAAGGAGGAAAUGGCAUUGGCUAAAACAGUAACAGAUCCCCAAGAACGAGAGAAACAUUAUGAAACGGUAGAAAAGAUCAAACGAAUAUUAAUGAAAUAUCAACAACAACAACAACAAGGGCAAGGACAAACUAAAAGUAGCAGUCCUGUUACUAAAGCAAAUUCAACAAAUCAGGAUGCAACUGCUACUCAUACCACAAAUACACCUAGUCCAUUGGCAACCAAUAGCAACAGUGUAAGUAACAUGGUAGAACAGAAAACAGAGACUGCAAGCUCUACACCAAUUGAGCAACAACCUAUACAAGUAACUACACCACAACAACCUGAUAAUGCAUCAACAUCACCAACAACAACACUGACAACACAACCCCAAUCCCAACAGCAAACGAUCACAAUUGAAAAAUAUAAUUUUGUGAGGAACACUUUAAGGGAUUUAUUGUUACAAGUCAAGACUUUAGAGGCAUCGACAGCAAAUGAACCUCAAACUAAGAAGGAAGAAAAUGAUCGCAAGAUCAUCGAAUUACGUAACCAAAUGCACAAGUACCGUGCAGCAUUAUUGCAUAUGAAAAAUGUGUUAACUGAACAAGGGAAAUUAUCAGCUAACUCAACUCCUAUUGACUCGCCAAGUGCAGCCACUAGUACAGUUUCAACACCAGCCGCCAAUGCUACAAAGACUACCAAUUCAUUAGAUGUAGCAUCAACUGCAGAGAAGUCAGAACAAAACAAUAAACCAAACGUGAAGCCACCAAGUACGACAGCAGCAUCUAAAUCGAAAUCCAAGCCAUCAUCUACAACAUCCAAUACACCAGCCACCAAAACAUCUACGUCUUCCAAAAGCUCAGGCACAUCUAAGGCAAACAAUCGUUCAAGUGGUCAAAAUGCAUCAGGGGUAUCAGCAGCAGCUACAAAAACAGCAUCAACAUCAUCAGAAAAAGAUGCACCUUCUACUAAUACAACAUCGACCUCAGGUGUGUCAUCUACUGCCACUGCCACUACAACAACCCCUACUGUUGCAGCAACUUCUUCAUCAAUUGCAUCAGCUAUCACUAACAAAAACACAGUUGAUCCAAAAGUAACACCAAGUAACAUACCCGACAAUGACGGCAGAGUGUUGACUAAGAGAAAGUUAGUGGAGUUGAUAAAUAAUAUUAGUAUUGAUCAAGGGGACGUUAAGAUUCCUAUUGAUAACGAUGUUGAAGAUAUCUUUCUUGAUUUAGCUGACGAGUUUGUGAGAAAUGUGGUACAGUUUUCUGGUCGUUUAGCCAAACAUAGAAAAUUGGAUAGAAUUGACAUACGAGACGUUCAAUUGAACUUAGAAAAGAAUUGGGGGUUGAGAAUUCCUGGAUACUCUACUGAUGAAAUACGGGCUGCAAGAAAAUGGCAGGCUGACGGCGAAUAUGUCGAGAAAGUGAAGAAAAUUUCAAGAUUAAAUAAAGAAUAA